UUUAGAAAAGAAGAGGAAGAAGGAGUACCGGGAGAGUUCGGGAAGGUGUGCCACAUCAAGAAGCAGCGGAGAAAGAGACAGAAGCUCCUCAUCAUAGACCUCUUCUUUGACUUCGCGAAGAACACCACGCUACACGGCCUUCGGUACAUCACUGAAGUUGGACUCACUGUUAUAGAGAAAGUGUUUUGGGUCCUCACAUUUCUGGCCAGUGUUAUCCUGUGCUUCAUGCUGAUCGAACGCGUGUGGCAUAAAUGGUGGUACAGUCCUGUCAUUGUCUCGUUUAACGAGAAGAUGGUUCCAGUUGGAGAGGUGCCUUUUCCAUCAAUAACGAUAUGCCCGCAAUGGAAAUGUAAAACGUCAGCUUAUAACUAUACGGACAAACAGAUAAAACAUCGCUGGGGCAAACCUAAAAAUAUGAGCGAAAUCGAUGAUGAGACUUAUAGCAAUGAGAGGAUUCUACUAGAAGAUGCUUAUUUAAUUGCGCCUAAGCUAGAUGAAGCAAUGUAUUCAUGUCGAUGGAGAGGUACUUACAGUUCAUGUAAACGAUACUUCACAGAAGUAUUAACUCGUGAAGGAGUUUGUUUCAACUUUAACGCACUGGCAUAUAAAGACAUCUUCAAAACCGAAAGUAUUCAACAUGAUUACAAAUACCUGAAUUCCACAACUCCUAUAAAUAAAUGGGAUAUAAUUUCUGGAUAUACGACGAGUGAAAAUGUAACAGAAAAGAAGAAGGAAUAUCCACGUCGAGGAAGAGAAAAUGGUGCAAACCCGGAUCUAGAAAUUAUGCUUCUCGAAGAUAGCGCAGAUAUCGAUGACUCUUGCAACAGCCUCUCCAAUGGCUGGAAAAUUUAUCUCCAGCACCCGGCAGACCUGCCCCAAUCUUCCCUGUAUUACUACGCAGCUAUCGCUAAACAAGUCACCUCUUUGGCCCUCAAGUUCAGUAUCCUCAAUACAUCCGAAAGCUUGAUCAACUACAAACCUGAACAGCGCCAGUGCUACUUCCCCAAGGAUCGGGACCUAAAGUACUUCGCGAUGUACACACCGGACAACUGCCAACUGGAGUGCCUGUCUUUGUACACCUACGAGAAGUGCAAGUGUGUGUGGUUUCACAUGCCGCAUAACAACGGUUCUGAAAUAUGCACAGCCUCGCAACAAACGUGCGUAGAAAAUGCACAAGAUGAAUUAGCAUCGAAUAAUCUGAAGUAUGGAAAAUGUAACUGUUUGCCGUCAUGCGACAGUGUUCACUAUGACGCAGAAAUCCUUAAAACAGAAUUUGAUUUACAAAAAUAUAAUAAUUCCAUCAAAAUGAUUCACAACCGAACGUUACAAGAUAACCGCCGAUAUUCCCGUUUAGAAAUUUACUUCAAAGAGCCUCGGUUCGUGUCGAUGCGGCGCUCGGAGCUGUUCGGACUGACGGACUUCCUGGCCAACUGCGGCGGGUUGCUGGGGCUAUUCCUCGGAUUCUCCUUCCUCAGCUUCGUUGAGAUCUUCUACUUCUGUACUUUAAGAUUGUGGUGCACCCUGAAAAACGACAUGAAGAAUGAAAAGAAGAAGCUUAAGGAAAGCGUGUAUAAGAAAUAGUUUAUU